UACAGCGAGCAUCCAUCCUGUGCAGCUGCCGCCUUCCCGCCUCCGUCCUGUCGCCUUUAGCCGCCUCGUGCGGUUACGCUGCAGGGGUCUGAACGCGCAUGUCAGUUUUAUCAGCUCUCCGAGACGAGAUGUCUGUGAAACUUGCCGUAGUGGUGCUGGCGUUGGCUGUACAGCGCAGCGGCGACGCGGCGGAUUCCUCCGACUCCCAUGAGAGCUCCUCCCAGGAGAGACCCCUCACCGCGCAGAAAAGAAGACUGUCCCUGAAGGACACAGCGCAGAUGCAGCAGUGUUUGCUGAGCGCUGGAGAUGUCGGCUGCUCUGCGUUUCAGUGCUUCACUAACAACUCGUGUGAGAUCCGCGGACUGCAUGACAUCUGCAUGAACUUCCUGCACAACGCCGGCAAAUUCGACUCUCAGGGCAAAUCAUUCAUCAAGGAUGCACUAAAAUGCAUGGCACAUGGCUUGCGUCACAAGUUCAGCUGUAUCAGUCGCAAGUGUGUUUCCAUGAAGAAGAUGGUGCUUCAGCUGCAGCGUGAGUGCUACAACAAACACAACCUCUGUUCAGUGGCCAGAGAGAACAUCAAUGUUAUGAUGGAGAUGAUCCACUUCCAGAAUCUCUUUCCUAAAGGGCCUUAUGUGGAACUGGUAAACAUCCUCCUGGGCUGUGGUGAGGAGGUGCGUGCCGCCAUUACCCACCGUAUUCAUACCCAGUGUGAGCAGAACUGGGGCGCCUUAUGUGCCAGCCUAACCCUCUGUCUGCCUGACCACAGCAGGAUCCAGACUGAGCCUAAUACCAGCAGUACCAACUUGCUGCUUACUGCUGGUCCUCCUCUUCCACCGCCUAAUGGACAGCAGGUUUAGAUCCUCCAUAAAGACGUUUCCUAGCCUUCAGUGCCUCCAUUGCACCACAGUGCAGCACAUCAAGCAGGUCUUUUAAUGACACUCUAAUUAAUGAAUGUAUAAUGUACAGUAUUGUUACUACCAUAGUGCAACUGUAUACUUUGAUAAUGGCAUGUUAGAAUGGUAACAGCCCAUGAAGUGAAAAUGCAUUUCAUACAAACCAGAAGCCUCUCUACGUUCCUGUUUAAGCACAGACUGGUGUCAGGAACGUUGUGCAGAAAGAACACUCUAACCAGCAGUCUUUUAAGCUCAAGUGACCACAGUAGCUAAAAAUAAGACCUCACUACCAUGUUUUAUUAGAGUAAAUUCAUGGCAUUAUUUCACUAGAGUACAAUACACUGACCAGCCAUAAUAUUACAAAAUUAAAACCUUAAUCCCAAUAUUGUGUCGGUUUCCCUUGUGCCACCAAACCAGCUCGGAGACAUUGAUGCAGGAAUCCACAAGACCUCUGAAGGUGUCAUGUGGUAUCUGGCACUAGAACAUUAACAGGAGAUCCUUUAAGUGCUGUAAGUUGCAAGAUGGAGGCCUCCGUGGAUCAGACUUAGCAGUCCAGCUGCUCAGUAUUUGGAGGCUAGAUCAACAACCUUGAGCUGUGAUAAACAUAUUAUAUACAAAGGUGUAUACGAUUAUUCUAUCAUUUUAAGCGAUUUGUGCUACAUUGGAUUUUCUUUGAUUGGGAGAAGGCCGGACAGGGUAACCUUUGCUCCCCACAAGCAAAGAUGAGCCUUAAGUCCCCUUAAUUAUGUCACUAGUUUACCAGUAUAUAAUUGAUAAUAUUAUGGCUGAUCAGUGUAUGUUCAAGCUCUGAUCCACUUUUAGUUUUGUACAGUCUCUCCUCAUGCCAAAGUUGAAUUAGGCUCGGGAAUGUUUAUCUUAUAUACACUGAAUAUAUUGGGCGUUUUUUUCUGGGGGUUUUUGGUCAUUUUUUAUGAUUCUGUGCCAGUUAAUGAAGAAAAACUGUGAUUUGCAACUAUGAUAUCUACUGAAAUUGAAUAACUGAUAUCCAGCUACAUAACAGCUAAAGAAAAUAAAAUGUUUCUUAAAAAAUGUUAUCAAGUACAACAUAAAAAAAAGAACAGUCAGUUUUUGGCCAAUGAUAUGUGUAUGUAUAAUGAUGAACAUUUUUGCUAUUAAAUAUGGGUGAUGUAGCAACUUAAAUUUAUGAGAAAAUGUAAAUGUUUUUAAUAUAGAUGUUUAAAAUAAAAACGUGACAUACUUCAGUGCAGAAUUUGACA